GUUACACUGCGCAACUCCCAUGGUGCAGAGCAAGCACCAUUUUUUUUAUAAGCCUUUAAUCCACUCUUUUGUUAUUACUAGACAAUUGAAGUGAUUGAUUUGAGGUGAAGCGACAACGUAUUUGUGCUGUGCUCGUGGAUUUAAGAAUUCAGUUAUGGAAGAAGAUGAUGAAUGUCCAGAGUUGGUUCCCAUUGACCCCAAGCCUCCAGUCUCUCUGGGUCAGAUACCGGUCACUAUCAUCACUGGAUAUUUAGGGGCUGGAAAAACCACACUUCUAAACUAUAUUCUGACAGAACAACACAACAAAAGGAUCGCCGUGAUACUCAACGAAUUCGGAGAGGGUAGUGCCCUUGAGAAGUCUCUUGCAGUGAGCCAGGCUGGAGAGUUGUAUGAAGAGUGGCUGGAGCUGAGGAAUGGGUGCCUCUGCUGCUCUGUUAAGGACAAUGGGCUCAAAGCCAUUGAGAACCUAAUGGAGAAAAAGGGAAAGUUUGACUACAUUCUGUUAGAAACUACUGGACUCGCAGAUCCAGGAGCUGUGGCCUCCAUAUUCUGGGUGGACGCGGAGCUCGGCAGUGAUAUUUAUUUAGACGGAAUCGUGACGGUCAUCGACGCCAAGUAUGGACUGCAGCAAUUAUCAGAAGAGAAAGCUGAAGGACUGGUCAAUGAAGCUGCAAGGCAAAUAGCAAUGGCUGAUCUAACGAUUAUCAACAAAACUGACCUGGUCAAGGAUGAAGACCUGUCCCAGCUCAAACACACUGUGAGGUCCAUUAAUAGUCUGGUGAAGAUUUUGGAAACCCAAAGAUCGAGGGUGGACCUCUGUGAAGUCCUUGAUCUACAUUCUUUCGACAGUGGCAAUAUUGCAAAUUUGUCUGAGAAGCUGCAGCUCAUGAGGUCAUCACAUCCUCAUCUGGAUAAGAGCAUUUUAACAGUGACGUUUGAAGUGCCUGGGGACCUCUCUGAAGACGCCCUAAAUAUCUUUAUCCAGGAUCUUCUUUGGGAAAAGCUGCUUCGGAACAAAGAGGGGUGCCCCAUGACUGUGAUUCGACUAAAGGGCAUAGUCGCACUGGCAGGAAAGGACCACAAGAUGAUGCUGCAGGGGGUGCACGAGCUGUACGAGCUGAACGAAACACCUGAAAUCUGGGAGGGGAACAUUCGCAUCAACAGGCUGGUUUUUAUAGGUCGGAAUCUGGAUAAGAAUUCUUUACAGGAACAGUUCAUCUCCAAUGUAUUGCACAGAUCUGACCCAUAGUCCUGGAAUC